GGGACCCGCGCUAGCGCGGCCGCUGCCGCACGGCCGGCGCCGCUCCGCGGCCGGGCCAUGGCCUGGCCCUGCAUCAGCCGCGUGUGCUGCCUGGCCCGCUUCUGGAGCCAGCUGGACAAGUCCGACCUCUCCGUGCCGCUCACCAUCCACAACUACUCGGACAUAGAGGAGCAGGAGGGCGGCGGCGGCCCCCCGCGCGGCGCAGCGGCUGGGAGCCCCCCGCGGGCCGGCGGCCGGCUGCCCGCCGCCCCCCGCGCCCCCGCCGCCCGCAGGGGCUCGGGCGACGGGGGCGCCCGCAGGAAGGGCCCGGCCGGCGCUGCGGGCGCCGCCGCCGCCGAGCCCUUCGCGGCGGAGACCCAGUACCGGCAGGACUUCAGAGCCUGGCCGGUCCAGAGGAGAGACGCUUUCCCCUGGAUCGGCUCCGGCGGCGACUGCAGGAGGAACGGGGCCGCCGCCCCCGGCAGCUCCGUCUACGUCCUGCCCGCCGGGGACGCGGAGGGGAGGCCGGGCGGCAGCAGGCACAGCGGCUUCCCGCAGCUCUGGCCCCGCUCGCGGGCGGACGGCGCCCACACCACCUCGUACAGGCAAGAAUAUCGCCCAUGGACUGGAGCAAAACCAUCCAAACCUAUAAAGACAAAGCAAGGCUUCAUUAUCCCAGAAGAACAUUUUGUUCAAGAGACAAGCUAUAAAGCAGAUUUUAAGGAAGCUGGAAAGCUGAAUAUUUCCAAAAUUGGAGAGUUGACAGAGAAUCAAGAGGGGACUGAACUUCUGGAGACAGCCCUGACAACAAUGCACCAACUCUGUUCAGAGAUGAUAGCACGGAUGGAGUCAGCUAGACACCUACCAGGCUCCUCAGGAGCAGAUCUAAAAUAUCUGUGUAAUCUGGACAGCUGUGCUUAGGUUGAGUGUAAAUACUGUACAUAGAUUUUAGCUAAAGCAACUUAUGAUCCUUUAAUGAAAAGGAUAUGCUUAUACUUUUAAUAAAUGUUAACUCUUUGCAUAUGCAAGGUGGAAGAUAGAUUGCCUUGAAAUUCCUAAAUUAUUGCCUGGAUAAUGGUAAUGUUAAUGCUAAGAACAACCAGAAGUGAAUGUUACUUAGAAACUUAAAAAAAGUAGAAUGUAAGACAUCCUUCAUUUCUAAGAUAGAUCAUAUGAAGUGUCAUUAUUCUAAAGUUAUUUUUUCUCAGAUUGGUGUAGAUUUAACUUUUGCUGAAGUACUUGUGUUUUAAGAAACCAUUUUUUAGCCUUUGUUCAUCCUAUAGUAGGUUUUGAAUUUCUAUCUCAAGGACUUAUGCAAUAUUAUUAGUCUUCUGCUUAUACAAUGUUUUUCCUAACUAUUUGGGGAAAAAAAAAGAAAUAGAAAAACUUAUUUUGUGUGUUUGAAAUGUGUCUGCUAGAAUGAAAGGAAACUGUAUCCUCAAACUUGAAUAGUGGUCAAAUAUUAAUUCACUUGUAAUUAAAUGUACUUCAACACAGGAGGAUUUUCCCCUUUACCACCUUCUAGCUCAAGUCAAAGGCAAACUUAAUGAACUUCUGGAAUUCUGCAAACACAUAUCCCUUGCUGGCAAUUUCUGUAAGAACGAUUUUUGAACUGCUGGCAUAUGGAUUGUACUUGAAACUCAUGCAGAGAACAUAUUCUCACUGCAUUAUGUGAAGAUUUAAACGGUGCCACCUCUGCUAAUUAUUCAAACAGGACCUAUAAACUUAAGGCUAAGCACAAGCACAGGUAACAUCCUCAGUAAAUUGGGGUUUUCUGGGACAAGGGAUGGAACUUCUCACACUUGUCCUUUCAUUUGAAUCCAGAGGAAUAUACAGUAGUACCUGUACUUGCCAAAGUCAUUGCUUGGGGAGAUUCAUUUUUCAGGAAAUUCAUUUGAAACAUUCAAACUGCACAAAAGGUUUUGCAUGAUAGAUAUUUCUAAAAAAGAAUUCAAUUUGCUCGAUUAAUCUCUGUAUAAUGUUUUUAAGAGUUUCAUUCAAACCAUAUCAGUUCAUUUCAAUCCUGGACUUUAACAACAGCAGAAAAACACCUAUUGCCUAUUCAGUUUGUCCUCUUAAUUCACUGCAUUUCUAAACGAGAGAAAAAACAGAUGUGAACAAACCAGUAAUUUAAGCUUGUAUUUUACCAAAUGGACUGGAAGUUAAUUUAAUAAAUUAAAAUGUAUUUUA